UUCCAACGAGUUCCUACGUAUGAAGACAAAGUAAGCUUAAUUUAAAAGAAAUGGACUUCAGUCAGCACCCCUUGCACCCGUAUGCUGGACAGGAAUUGCACAUGGAGUCACCCCAGGGAGCAGCUAUGAUGGAUAUGAUGCCAAACCCAUAUGCCUCACAAGCCCUGUUUCCGGGAGGUGAAGCGUCUGCCCUGCAGAGCCAGGAAUACCGAGAGCUACACAGCUUCAUGGUGGAUGGUGGCGACAGAUUCGGGGUUUCCUGCCUGUGCUUUGACACCCAGGAGCUCUUGUGGAUGGGGAACCAAGGGGGCCAUGUCACAUCCUAUUAUGGUCCCCACCUGCAGAAGUACACAUCAUUCCAAGUGCACAGGGACGACAUUCGACAGAUGGCGCCACUGAAGGAUCGUGGGAUACUAUGUCUCACUCAGAGCAGUCUUAAGCUGAGCAACAGACGAGGUCUCACCCAGUUUGUGUUCACGAAUGCCGACAUGCACGACAUGCAGUGUAUGCUGGUGACAGGGGCCACAACUCUGCUCAUAGGGGGCCACCAUACCAAGGUCAUAGAACUGGACCUGACCACACCAAGGAGAAUAUUUCAGUAUGCAGUGAAGGAGCCAGGUUGUGCUAUCUUACGACAGACCCCUAAAUAUAUCUGUGCGGGUGACACUGGUGGAAAUGUGACCCUGUAUGACCCCAACUCCAUGAAAGUGGAGCAUGUGUUUGAUGCUCAUUCGGGAACACUGUCAGACUUUGAUAUCCACGGCAACUUCAUUGUCACAUGUGGUUACUCCAGUAGACUGGGCAACCUAACUCCUGACCACUAUCUGAAGAUGUACGACCUGCGCAUGAUGCGUGCCAUGUCCCCCAUGCAACUCGUCAUAGACCCCAUGUUCCUGCGCUUUGUGCCCACGUACUCAAGCAGACUGGCUGUUGUGUCUCAGAUAGGGCAGUUCCAGGUGAUUGAGGCACUCGGCACUCCGUCCCUCACGAUACCGUACCAGGUGCCGUGUCAUCACAACAUAGUCAUGAGCUUCGACGUGGCUGCCACCUGUCAGGCCCUCGCCUUUGGAGACAGUGGAGGUUUCCUGCACAUAUUUGCAACAGAUGAGAACGUCAUAUUCAACCCAUUUAUAGAGGAGACUUGCCUGGCAGAUCCAGUUGAGCCAUCUCAGAAUAUUCACAUCCAUGAUUUCACGACUCCGUACGCCAUGGUUCCCAUGAGCUACCCAGGAACAGGAUCCCUUCUUUCCGAUUGGCCUGAUUACCUCUGUGAAAAAGUAUACAGAAAGCCUAAGCCAAUAGACCCAGAGAUCCUGCGCACCAUGAAGGUCUACCAGAAUGUAGGGUACGCACCUAACCCUCACAAAGAGAGGCGAUACCACUUCCCUUACAUCCUGGAACAAGAUGGCUCCAAGAAGGGCCGGUCAAACAUACCCGAGUCUCCACUAGGCAGAGCUGAUGAUCCAUUCCACGCUAUUCCCAAGAGGUUCAGGAAGGUGGACUUGAAGUAUUCCAAGCUGGGCCUAGAGGACUUUGACUUCCGUCAUUACAACAAGACUCACUACGCUGGUCUGGAGAUACACAUACCCAAUGUGUACUGUAACAGCAUGAUUCAGAUGUUCUACUUCAUUGAGCCGCUGCGUGUCAAGCUGCUCAGUCACCUGUGUGAGAGGGAGUUCUGUCUGUCUUGUGAGCUGGGCUUCCUCUUCCACAUGCUCGACAAACAGAAGGGACAGACCUGCCAAGCUAGCAACUUCCUGCGUGCAUUUCGUACGCUGCCCGAGGCUGCGGCGCUGGGUCUGGUGCUGGCAGAGAAUGAGGAGAACCACGGGCGGGUCAAUCUGGGACGCCUCAUACAGAGCUGGCAGAGGUUCAUGCACCAGCAGAUACACACGGAAACUCUUAACAAGGUAGCUGUUGAAGAAAAGCAUGAAGCAGGUGAGAAAGAUGAACCCAGUUCCAGUGAAACUGCUUCCCAGCACUCUGAAGAUCCAGAAAAAACAGUGGAACCGAAAGUGGAGAAAGAUAAGGAAGUAAAGAGAGAGGAACCCAAAGCAGCAAAGUCCAAAAAGAAGAAAAAGAAGGGAAAGAAAGAAAAGAAAGAGGAGAAAGAAAGUAAGAAGCAGGCUGUGCCUAGUGAGCAACCACAGGGGAGUCAAACAGAACAGCCGGUUGAAAAAUUGGAAGUGGAGGUAGCAGAACAGCCUGAAGAGCCAGUGUUGCCACAGGAGGAGAAGGAAAAGAAGGAGUCGUCAGUGAUCACGGAGAUAUUUGGCCUGAAUACCGUGACAACUCUACGGUGCAGGUGUGCUCAGGAGAACAGGAAGCAGGUCACCACGACCCUCGUCAACCUGAGCUACCCAGACUGCUCCCCGCAAGGGAUCAACAAGGGCCCGACCCCAGUCUCAUUUGUACAGGUACUGGAGCACAGCCUCACGUUGGAUCAGAACACUCAGGCCUGGUGCAACAACUGUGCAAAAUACCAACAACAUCAACAAAGCAAGGAGGUGCUAGCACUCCCAGACAUCCUGGCCAUCAACUGUCAGCUGGAGAACCCACGAGACCUCGAGUUCUGGAAAGUGCAGCUCAUGCUUUUGAAACAGAAAGAAGAAGGUGACAGUGUUUCCUCAACUUCGUCCUCACCCAUCCCGUUACCAACGGCAACUGUGAUGUGUCGCUAUGGACGCAAAUGCUCAAAAAAAGGCUGCAGAUUCAGGCAUGAGCAGGACUCUAAGGACUGGCUGCAAGAUGACCUCAUGAAGAUACACAUGGAUGAUGAAAAUGACCCAGUCUGGAUACCAUUUGGGUUCAAAGUUCAGCUCCUUGACAACGGCUCCCUGAAGAUUGAAGAGUAUUCUGAUGAUGAACCUGUCCCGGCAAAUCCGGACCCGAACACCAAAUAUUUUGAACUACAUGGCACCGUAUCACACAUCAAGGAUACUAAAGGCUAUGGUGGCCAUCUAGUGAGCCACAUCAAGGUUGGAGAGACAUACCACCAACGCAAGGAAGGUGUGACCACCACGCAGUGGUACCUCUUCAAUGACUUCUCUAUCUCUGACGUGGAGAAGGAGGAAGCAGUGAGGUUUAACCUCGAGUGGAGGGUGCCGUGUACUAUUUACUUCAUUAGACGCAAUAUCAAGGAACAUUAUGAUCUGAAAGUCCGCAACCCUAUAAACAGCUCUGUGCUUUCUGACGACGCAUUCUUGAUUAACCCAGAAAGGAGGAAGCUGACAUUUUCUCCCCUCACUACUGAAGAGCAGCCUAAGGAAGGGGACAUAAUUGGACUGGAUGCUGAAUUUGUCUCCCUCAAUCAGGAAGAGUCCGAGCUACGCAGUGACGGUACCCGCUCCACCCUGCGCCCCAGUCACAUGUCUGUGGCACGCAUCACGUGCAUCAGGGGGCAAGGCAAUACACUGGGAGAACCUUUCCUUGAUGACUACAUCUGUACCCAUGAACAGGUGGUUGAUUACCUGACGCAGUACUCAGGUAUUAAACCCGGUGACCUUGACCCUGCAACAUCAAACCGGCACCUGACCACACUGAAAGCCACCUAUCUGAAGAUCCGAUAUCUCGUCGACAUUGGUGUCAUAUUUGUGGGACAUGGGCUGAAGAAGGACUUCAGAGUCAUCAAUAUUAACGUUCCUAAGGACCAGAUAAUUGACACAGUAGAUCUGUUUCACCUACCCAGACAAAGGAUGAUCUCACUCAAGUUCCUCGCCAGAUACUUCCUCAAGCUCACUAUCCAGUCAGUUACCCAUGACUCCGUGGAGGAUGCCAGGACGGCCCUGCAGCUGUACAUGAAGUACCAGGAGCUGUCCAAGGAAGGCAUGGAUCAGGUGCGUAGGGUCAUCAGGGAGAUGUAUGACUUUGGACGCAAGAAUCAGUGGAAGAUAACCUCAGAUAUGGGCGAGGAGACAUCAGAGGAUAGUGCUGUGGCGUUCUUGUGAAUACAGACACGAGUGUUCUUUUGAAUAUUGUGGAAUUUUUGUAGACAUAGUCAAGUGGUGUUUUUGUUAAGACAGUUGCGGUCUGGUAAACACAGGAAACAUAGUGAAGGGUAUUUUUGUUGAGAAACUCUCAUUCUUUUAAACACAGUCAAGUGGUGUCUUUUUAUUGACAUGAUCAUGCUUGUAC